AUGGCGGAAAUCCAACUAGGUGUAUCAGGUGUAACCCUGGUCCCUCAAGCGACGGGCUAUGGCCUGCUCGUCGGCCUCGGCGUGGCCUUUUGCGGGGUGAUUCUGGUCGCCAUCAAGGUCCAGAGGGCCUAUCUCGCCGAGGACUCGGCGACAUCCGAGAUGUUCAUGGUUGCCAACAGAUCCGUUGGAACCGGGCUGACUGCGUCGGCUGUGUUCUCGUCGUGGAUGUGGAUUAAUGAGACGGUGUUCUCGGCAGCCAUGUGUUAUCGGUUUGGGCUGGCCGUUCCUCUGUGGUGGGCAACUGGUCUUUGCUUUCAGAUAGCCCUGAUGGCGGCUCUAGGGGUUUUGGCCAAGAUCCGGGUCCCCUAUGCUCAUACGUCCCUGGAGAUCAUACGAAUCCGCUAUGGCAAGAUUGGACACAUCGUAUUCAUUCUGCUAAACCUAUCCAACAACGUAUUUGGAUGCGCCUCGAUGAUUCUCACAGGCUCGCAAGUGAUAUUUGGGAUCUCGGGAAUGCACUUUGUCGCCGCCACCAUCCUCAUCCCACUUGGAGUGGUGCUAUACACAGCAGUCGGUGGUCUCAAAGCCACAUUCCUUACCGAUUACCUCCAUACCACCAUUGCCCUCGUGCUUAUCAUCUACUUCACCCUCAGCAUCCUGACCCACGAGGCAGUUGGUGGGCUGGGCGGGCUCUACGACAAGGUGGUGGCAACGGCUGCCGACAACUACAUCCCGGGAAACCAUCAGGGGUCGCUCCUCACCAUGAAAUCAAAGGAUGCCAUCAUCUGGGGCUUGAUCCUCAAAUUUGGAAAUCUGGCUCUCGUGGUCAUGGACACUGCGUUCUGGCAAAAGUCCUUCGCCACAGAAGUUCGUGCAACUGUCCCGGGCUACAACUUGGCUGCACUCGCCAUAUUCGGCAUUCCAUGGGGGCUCGGAACCGUCAUCGGACUGACCGCAAGGGCCAUUCACAAUACGCCCAUCUUCCCAACCUAUCCAGGCGAAUUCACAUCUGCGCAAGUAAACGCCGGAUUUGUCAUGCCUUACACGAUCAAGGCGCUCAUCGGUGACCAAGGCAUCGUCGCUUUCUUUGUCCUUCUCUUCAUGGCUCUGACUAGCACUGUGUCGUCGUCGAUGAUCGCCGUCAGCAGCAUCCUCUCGUUCGAUAUCUACAAAACCUAUAUCAACCCGAAGGCGACGGACAAGAGGCUUCUUCGCGUUAGCCAUAUUGCCGUUGUCUUCCAUGCCAUCUUCAUCACGGCAAUCUCGUUGGUGCUGAACUACGGCGGCGCCGAUAUGACUUGGAUCGGCUAUUUCCGGCCCAUCCUCUCCUGUCCUGGGAUCAUCCCCCUGGCUCUCACACUCUGUUGGUCCCGUCAGACUCGCCUGGCAGCGAUCGUGUCACCAAUGCUAGGCUUCGUCACGGGCCUUGCUAUUUGGCUGGGGACGGCAAAGUCUCUGUACGGCACGAUUAAUCUGAAGACGACCGAGGCUGGCUUACCGGCUCUCUACGGGGCCAUGGGAUCUUUCUUCUCUCCUGCUCUCUACUCGGUUGUCAUCUCACUGUGCUACAAGCCCUACAAGUUUGACUGGCGAGAAUUUCUCCGCAUUGAGCUUGCGGACGAAGCCCAGCUCCAUGCGCCCGCACCCGAGGACGCCGUUCCGCUCAGCGGCGCGGAGAAGGAUGCCGUCCAGAAAGCCAAAGGGGCCACCUCUUCUAAAGGGGUGGAUCAGAUUCUUGAGUUUUCAGCAUCAGAGAUGGUCGAGUCAUCUUCCGAUCCCGAACGCGAUCCUGUCACCGAUGAUGAAAAGUAUCCAGUUGCGGUUGCGAUAGAUCCCAUCACAGUAUUAACCGAGGUCAGUCUCGACGACAUCCGACAUCCAUUCAGCGAUGAGACGCUACGAGACCUUCACCGAUGGUAUCGCAUUGCAUGGAUCAUUUGGAUCGCAAUCGUGCUGGUUACGUUUAUUCUCUGGCCCAUGCCACUCUACCGAGACUACAUCUUCUCCAAGCGCUUUUUCUCCAGCUGGACGACGGUCGCCAUUAUAUGGCAAUUCUUUGCUUUCUUUGCAGUGGCCGUCUAUCCUCUUUAUGAUGGGCGGUAUGAGAUCCUCAAGGGCACACGGGGCGUGUGGAACUCUGCAAGAGCAUACCUUAACCGGAACAAAGAUUGA